AUAUGUGUAUUCAAAUACAUUUUAACCAGACAUAAUUAUUAGAUCGCCUUCAAAAAAGGAAGAUUAUUCAAGCAGUAGCCUAUGCAAAUCAGGUAGCUAAUUGAACGGCUCUUUCACAGAUGCGAUUCGGUUCUUGAUCCAUUGAAAAAGAGCGGUUCGUCCGAGAACGACCAUACACUAGCUCAGAGUCCACCAUGUGGAGACGUUGAAAUAUGAAAGCGUUUGUCACCUGCUAAGAAACAUCAAUGAAUAAGGUCUGGUCUGGAAUCACAGAGCUGGAUUUUGAUGGACAUAGCCUACAGUAUGCUGAAAUUUCGGUUUGGUCUUCUAAUAUUCUUUGCAGUGGUAUGUUUAUAUUGGACAUGGUCCAUAUAUAUCAAAUUGAAUACAAACAAAUACCCUGCAAAAACACAUUGGCAAAUUCUCAUAAGUGAUCAAACAAUAACUCAGAUUAAAGACACAAAGCAUUUAAUGGUGUCUGCCUACAAAGACCACAGAGUGGAUGGAGCAAUCCGCAUCAUUAGUAUAAUCAGAAGAGAUGAUCUCCAGCCACUUCAUUGUUUUUUCUGUGGUGGACAUGGCUGCUUUCCUGCCUCAGUGGCACAGGUGGAGAUGCACAGCGACCAUUUUGGAUUCCCCUUUGUGACCACAGAUGUGCUGUGCCAGAGUCCAUCUAUGUAUAAUGUGACACAUGUCACUAUAUCAAUACAUUCAGAUAUCAAAGCCACCCAAAACCAGCACUUCCUGUCCAUACAAAACAAAGAACUGAGAGAGGAGAAGAUAUUUYCAUACAACUUUACAGUGUGCAUCUCCAAYCUUUUCGGGGGCUAUAACAAUGUCCUGCAGUUUGUCCAAACUAUGGAGAUGUACAAACUCCUUGGGGUGCAGAGAGUGGUUAUCUAUAACACCAGCUGUGGUCAGGACUUGGAACCAGUGUUAGUUCACUACAGGGAAGAGGGUAUACUGGAAAUAGUAGAAUGGYCGAUUGAYCARUUCCUCAACCCAUCCAAAGGCUGGAGGUUUGAGGAGCACAAAGGAGAUCUCCACUACUAUGGGCAGCUGACCACUCUGAAUGAAUGCAUCUAUAGAUACAUGUACCAGUCGAAGUAUGUACUUCUUCAUGACAUUGAUGAGAUCGUGAUGCCUUACCAACAUGCCAAUUUGCAUCUACUGCUGGAGGACCUUCAACACCAGCACCCCAGAGUAGGAGUCUUCGUCAUCGAGAACCACAUAUUCCCCAAAAACCAUUACGAUGACAGUGGCAAGUUCAAACUGCCACAAUGGAGGGAAAUUCCAGGGAUCAAUAUCCUGGAGCAUAUUUACAGAGAACCCUCGAGAGAAGCUGUUAUCAACCCUACCAAACUGAUUGUCAACCCUAGACAUGUAGUACAGACAUCUGUUCACUCUGUGCUGAAGACUUUAGGGGAGACCUUCUGGGUACCACCUGAUGUGUGUCGGCUAGUACACGUCAGAGUUCCCCUGCAAGGGAGCCUCACUAAAGAUCAGCUGCUUGUGGACAAAAAGCUGUGGGAAUAUGAGAAGGAGCUAGUUCAAAAUGUUGACAACACUUUAAGGAAAUCUGGACUGUUGCUUUGAUGAWGCAAAUCUGAUUUURACAUUCUUUUGUCAUGUUUGUUUCUUGGCCUAUUUCAUCURAAUAAUAGUCUGUUUUGCUCUAGCCAAGCCUUGACGACUCRUUAGACAGUAAGGUCAGCCAYAUCCCAACUCAGCAGAAAAUGACUGCGCGAUGAAAUGAAKGGGAGUGAAUGGACAAUUAUUGCAUUAUGAUYGUCCCUGAUGUUUUCCUGAGMUUUCCAAUACCUACCUGAUGCAUUUMAGACACUACAAACCAUACUUCCUUCUGAUUUAUUUUUGGCCUAUCUUUUUUGCUAUGUAUUUGUGUGUUAUUCAGUGCGU